CCGAAGGUCGUCAUGUCUGACGGAGGGCAGGAAUCGCAUCAGUCUCCCAACAGCCGGACCUGACUGACCACUACCUUCUACCCAGCCCACGAACCUCGUGCAAGGGAACCGGUCUCACGUCCCAUUUGUCACUGAAUGGCUAUCUUCUCAAAUCACCCCCUUCUUGACUGCUUGAUGGCGACACAAACGCCUGCAGGGUGCUCUGGGAAAUAAAGAGGAAGUUGUUUCCAUCGGCGCUCCGGAUCCUCUCGACGGCGAGUCGCCAUCAACCACCGCCGACCCGACUCGAUCAACAAUCACAGGCUAGUACCGUAGUAUCAAGACUCGAUGGCCAGCAUCGACACCUUCAAUCACAUCGAUCCAGCCUUGCGAGGCUCGAACCUGAGCAGUCCUCCCAAACCUCGCGACUCCCAGCAACACUACCACAAUCCUCCUCCUGGCGCCUACUCUCCUCUACAACCCUCUCUCCAGCCAUCCCCCAAUAACUCGUACCAAUCCAUCCAGACUCCCAACUACUACCCCACCAAUUCACACACGCAGGAGAGUCCCGACGACCAAAGCCCGUCUGGCAAUCCCAACGACCCCAAUGAUAUAAAAAGGCCGCGCGCCUGCGAGGCAUGUCGACAACUCAAGGUGAAGUGCGAGCCCGACGACAACCAUCCUACGGGUUCCUGCAAGAGAUGUGCAAAGGCAAAUAGACAGUGUAUCGUUACCGCUCCCAGCCGGAAGAGGCAAAAGAAGACAGACAGUCGUGUCGCCGAGUUGGAAAAGAAGAUCGACGCCCUCACGGCGACUUUGGCGGCAAGAGGAGGAGCUGAACCUGAUGUCGCCGUUGAUCCAACGAUAUCGGUGUCGCAUCCUGGCCCACAGGAAGCUCGUGUGCAAGGAUACGGAGGUCAAUGGCAUCAACCUCCGCCGCCGCCACCACCACCACCAGCGUCGGGGGCCGCUCAGUCUCCGCAGCAAGGGGUCAAGAGGAAGAUCACAAGCAACUAUGACUACUUCGGCGGAGAGCUGCACAAAUCUUCCGCUCCAUCGUUCAAGCCUCCCAUGCCUCCGUCCAAUACCUAUCAGCCCGUUCUGGAACAUACAACCAAGGCGGAAGAACCAACGACUGUGGAUCCCAUCGAACGAGGUCUUAUCGACAUCGGCACAGCCAGAGAAUGCUUCGAUCGUUAUAUGGCAGAAAUGUGCGAGCAUCUGCCCAUAGUUGUCUUCCCACCCGGUACCCACGCCGAUGAAAUUCGCAAAAAUAAACCCAUCUUGUUCCUUGCCGUCCUUGCAGUUGCUUCCGGCACCAUCCGACCAGAUCUUCAACCUGGGCUGAUUUUGGAAAUCACCAGGGUACUAGCCGAUAAGGUCAUCAUCCGAGGAGAGAAGUCGCUGGAGCUGGUUCAAACCAUACAAGUCACGACAUGCUUCUACCAGCCUCCGGAAAAAUACGAAGAGCUAAACUUUAACCAGCUGAUUCACAUCGCUGCCGUCAUGGCUCUGGACCUAGGAAUGGGGAAAAGAUCAAAACGAGGUGGUGGAAGUAUCUGGCGACCGUAUCAUGAGAAUAAAAGACCACUUUCGGAUCCCAAUAGUGUGGAAGUGCGACGGUGCUGGCUGGGCUGUUACUACAUGUGCUCCAACUCAUCCAUGUCACUUCGACGACCGCUCCUUAUUCGGUGGAGCCCCUACGCCGAUGAAUGUGUCGAGAUCCUUAUUUCUUCGCCGGACGCUCAUCCUUCGGACAAGUACUUGUGUCAUCUCGUUCGUGGACAACACAUAGCCGAAGAUAUCGGCUUUCGGUUCUCCAUGGAUGACCCGGCUUCGCCGUUGUCGUUGACCGACCCCCAAAUCCAAUACCAUCUCAAGACAUUCGAGCAUCAACUGGUCGAGUGGCAGCAUGCAGCCACCAAAGAAAUGGUCAAGAAGCCAAUCGUCCAGCACACCGAAGGGAUUCUCAAUCUGUAUAUGCACGAAAUCGCCAUGCACCACAACCACAAUAUUGACGACUUCCGACCCCCUUAUAUCUCCACUCCCAUCGAUGGCCCUCCGGACCCAGAUAAUGUCACACCAGCUCAUAUAGAAGCCCUCACCACUUGCAUUAAUUCUGCUCAUUCCGCGUUCGACGCCUUCCUGGCUAUGGAUAUUCCGGCCCUACGGGCACUGCCCACCCUUUUCUUUGUUAGGAACUCUUACGCCGCUGUUGCGUUGAUCAAAAUGUACUCGGCCGUGUCUGCAAAGGGGUCUAAAUUCAACAGCAUCUUCAAAAACAAAGAUCUGAGGGUGGAAUAUUAUCUCGACCGAAUGAUAGAGGCGCUCAGCAAGGCUUGCGAAGGAGGGAUGUCCCGCGUGGCUCACAAGUUCACGCUAAUUUUUAAUAUGCUCAAGAGCUGGCACAUGAAGAGAAUAGACUCGGUGAAUAAUGGAAGUGGGCCAGUCUCAAGACAGCGUACGCCGGCGAAUGGGAAUAUCAAUGUCCGCACCGGCAACAACAUGUCACAGCCGCAACAGCCGCCGAACACAUACAAGGCUGUUCCACCGCAGCAAGACCCAACGAAUUUGGCCUGGAAUUCGCAACACCGCCCGUCGGUCGACGGGAAUGUCCCACAGCCUCACCAACAACAGCCACGGAGCGGCUUACAGAUGCUCUCCGAGGCAGCAAUGGGUCCUGCACCUGGGACCGGCCCUGUAAUGCCUCAACCUCAACCCACACCACAACAGCAGUGGUCCCAUACCAUCAUGAACAAUCCAGCUCAACCGAACAUGCUACCUGGGAUCAAUCAAAUGUCUGCUGGUUACGAUCAAGCGGCACCCAUGAUGCCCUACAUGAUGCCCGGCCCUGGGGGAGACAUGAUCCCCAUGGAUUUCACGAAUGAUGAGCUUAUGGCGUUCGGAUUCGGGGACGAGUUCCUCGCGAUGAACUUUGGGUUCGAGACGAGUGGAUGGCCACUCUGAAAAGACAAAGAUGGGGCCAGAAAGAGAGGGCGCGUGGCUUCACCUUGGGAUGCGGCAUGGCGUGACCAUUGCGCCUCUACCCUCCUCCACGGUGGGCGAUAUAGCUACUCACGGCACACGAAAGACGAUACGCAAUGGAUGGCUUACGGCACGGAAAAUGGAAAUAAAAUCACGGUGGAGGGGUACUUACACUGCUCCUGUUCUGCGCUUAUGGCUUUUAUGUCUUCUUGUACAAAAUCUCCUUCUUUUCGCCGCGCCUUUUCUUUUCUUUUACGAGCGUUUUGAAAAUUGACGGCCGCAACACCACGCCAGCCACAGAAAAUGAUUUCCAGUGAAGACCACGGAGGGGUUUAUUGUAUGUAGGGAUUCAAAUGCACCGACGCCAUGACGAACGUGAUUUCGCACGCGCAUUAUCACCGUA